CGCGCAUCGGAUUACACUACUGGAGCAGGAUAACAGUUUGCAGGCUCUCUUCACAUGGCUAUUUUUGGUUUAUCCCACUGCUGAUUGCAAAGGCUUGACCCUCCCUGCAUUCUGGCAGGCUCCUGCUCUUGUCCAAAGCUUUCCCCCAUACGAAGUUUUCUGUUGUCAAAACAAGACAUAACCUUUCCUCGUCUUUGCAAAGACACUCCUUGCGCUUUGUACAUAAAGCUAACAUUGCAACCUUGCCUUGAUCAGCUAGGAAGUAAGGGAAACUUGAACUGAUUUCGUGCAGCUCUGAAUAUAUCUCGGAUUGAGGGGCUUUGCUUACUACAUUCCUAAUCAACUAGACCUGUUCCGAAAAUACAGUUCUCACAUUGCAAAUACCAGAUUUAACAAUACGACUAGAUGACCUUCUCUUGGACUGGGGGUUGUGUACACAGGAAAACGUGAGCUAAGGUGCCUGGGGAAAAUUACAAUUUUUUUAGGGGUGCCACUGUGCCAGUUGAAGUAUUCUAAGUUGCAAGAGCGAGCGGCAAACCCCGCAAGGACGAGCGCAAAAUUAGCCAUGGAGGCGAACCCCAUCCCGGUGGUUACGGUGCAGACGGCCCCCUACGAUGACCAAAAGCCAGGGACAAAUGGAUUAAGGAGGAAGACAAUUGUUUUCGAGAGCAGGAGGAAUUACCUACAAAACUUCAUUCAGAGUGUACUGUCCUCCAUCGAUCUGCGUGACCGACAGGGGUGCACAAUGGUAGUGGGAAGUGAUGGCAGGUACUUCAGUCGUACGGCUAUCGAGGUCAUCGUCCAGAUGGCAGCCGCUAACGGGAUUGGUAGACUGGUCAUUGGUCAGAAUGGUAUCCUGUCCACACCAGCUGUGUCAUGCAUUAUCCAGAAGAUAAAAGCUAUUGGAGGAAUUAUUCUGACAGCAAGUACCAAACUUGGAGGACCAGGUGGAGACUUUGGAAUCAAAUUCAAUGGAGCUAAUGGAGGCCCUACCCCUGAUUCUGUCACUGAUAAGAUCUUUCAGAUCAGUAAAACUCUGGAGGAGUACACCAUAUGUCCUGAUCUACGGAUAGACCUGUCUAGGCUGGGCAGACAGGUGUUUGAUUUGGAGAACAAGUUCAAGCCAUUCAGAGUUGAAAUUGUGGAUUCAGUGGACAUUUACCUCAACGUUCUUCGAAAUAUAUUUGAUUUCAGUGCAAUCAAGGGUCUUCUGACAGGACCUAAUCAACUGAAAAUAAGAAUAGAUGCUAUGAAUGGAGUUAUGGGACCGUAUGUAAGAAAGAUACUUUGUGAGGAAUUAGGAGCACCAGCGAACUCUGCUGUAAACUGUGUACCUCUAGAGGAUUUUGGUGGGAAGCUUCCUGAUCCCAACCUGACUUAUGCUACUUCACUCCUUGAAGCAAUGAAGGCAGGAGAACAUGGAUUUGGAGCAGCGUUUGAUGGUGAUGGGGGUCGGUAUAUGAUUCUAGGGCAGAAUGGUUUCUUUGUGAACCCCUCUGAUUCAUUGGCUAUCAUUGCUGCCAAUCUUCCCUGCAUUCCUUAUUUCCACCAGACUGGAGUCCAUGGAUUUGCCAGAAGCAUGGCCACAAGUUCAGCACUGGAAAGGGUUGGAAAGGUGAUGAAGGUUCCUGUGUAUGAAACUCCUGUGGGAUGGAAGUUUUUUGGAAAUCUGAUAGAUUCUGGAAGAUGCUCACUUUGUGGGGAGGAAAGUUUUGCUACAGGCUCUGACCACAUACGAGAUAAGGAUGGACUCUGGGCAGUUCUUGCUUGGCUCUCAAUUAUAGCAGCUCGAAAACAGACUGUUGAAGAAAUUGUAAGGGAUCACUGGGCAAGAUUUGGGCGGAAUUACUACUGCAGGUUUGAUUAUGAAGAAGUUGAACCCAGAGCUGCAUUUUUCAUGAUGAGGGACCUGGAAGCUACAAUCACAGACAAAUCAUUUGCAAGUCAGCAGUUCGCAGUUGGGAAUCAUUUCUACAGUGUGGACAAGGCAGACAGUUAUGACUACACAGACCCUGUAGAUGGUAGUAUAACCAAACGACAGGGACUGCGAAUCAUUUUCAGUAACAAUUCCCGGAUCAUCUUCAGGCUGAGUGGAACCAGUAGCACAGCAGCAACUGUCAGGAUUUAUGCUGAGAGCUUUGAAAAGGACCCAAGCAAACAUAAUAGAGAACCACAGGCUGUACUGGGUCCUCUGAUAGCGAUCGCACUGAAACUCUCCCAGAUCCAUGACCGGACAGGACGCCGGGGUCCCACUGUCAUUACCUGAGCUUACCAAAGCACAGUAACCAUGGGGCCAAGAAAAAGAGCAGAAAAGACAGAGAUUUUCUUCCAUUUUAAAUGCUGUUACCAAAUAUGAGCUGUUUGUGUCAAGAAAAAAAAUUGUAUUUUUAAUUUUGACUGUAACACUAAAGAAAAAAGGUGAGAUAGAUUAAACUGGGUGACAUUUAAGGUUAGAAGUAUUCAGUUCCUAGUUUAAAGCUACAGUGCCUAAGUUUGAACAUAUUUACCAGUGGGGGCUAUUAUUAUCUCCUGGAUUCUGCACAGUAUUGGAAGAAAAGUUAAGAAAGAUCAGAGGUGGGGGAGGGGGAGUCACAAUGAUGGAAAAAUAUUAGAAAGGAGGUGCAUGUAGCCAGUCAUUUCCUACCACAAAGUAAUUGUGAUUCAUUUUGUUAGGAAUGUGGCAUGAAUCCCCAAAUUUCUAAUCUGGUAGUUUGAACACAUGAUUGCCAACUCAGUAUUUAUAUAUUCUUCAGGUUUAACCUUCUUUUUACCUUGUAGGAGGUUGUUGUGUCUGAGUUCACAUUCUCCGCUGGUGUAUUAUUCAUGUUAUAUCUCAAUUUUGCAACUCCACCUAUGAUAUUUGUACUCAUUACGGCACAUCAAAUGUUUUUGAAAGUUAUUAAACCACAGUAUAUAGUCUUUUGAAAAUGAAGCUAAAUCUUUAUGACCACCACAAGAGUUCACUUGCACAUUUAACUAUUUUGUAUAAGGUGUGAGCUUGCUUUCCUAAUAUCAGAAGCCGUAAAUUCUCUGGAGUUUAGAAAUCUGUUCCUCAUUGUCUUUAUACACUGAUGUAGAAUCAGCUUGGAAGUCACAAAAACAUUGGUGUCAGGUGUUCUUUUUCCUUACAGACUGUAUAUCUGUAUGCUUUAACUCACAUUUAAUUAAAUCCAUAUGCUACUCUUGUCAGUGUUAAAGAAAUGGAUUACAGUGAAAAG